AGACGACAGAUUCUUUUUCAGUUGGUUGACGACACACGUGCUAAGUUGAUUACCAAAAUCACUGGCAAACUUUCGCCAGAGUCAACCAGUAUAAUUGCACGUAGUGUAUUUGACGACGGUGCUUUUUCUGAAUACAUCACGCCAUGGGCAAGUUAAAAACUCGUAUCAAGGGGCCUGGAAAUAAAGGCAAAAGAUGGGCAAAGGGACAGAGUAGCAGCUCCAAUCCCACAAUCAAGAAACAUCGCGAAGUGGCGAAAACGAGGUUUUUUCAGCCAUUUUUAUUCGGGCCACCGGCUGGUUCUACCCAGAAAAGUGGCUUGACUGAAGAAGCUUUGAAGCAGCACACUUAUGCAUCUGAAUCGUCAAAGCCCCAUGAUCCCUCUGCCGCUGUUGAAGUCAUCACUGCACCCCCGUCAGUGUCCCAUGGAGAUUUUGAUGAUGACGAAACAUACUCAGUCAUCUCUGGAAAGACAUUCCGAUCCAGCAGCUCAGUCAAGACAUUUGCCACAGGGUUCUCCAACUGUAGCAAUGUGUCUUUCAAUAAACUACACAGAGGUUUCACGCCAACCUCAUCUCUCCAUAGGGAAAUGUUGGCUGUUCUUGCAGCUGUUUCGGAAGUCAUCAAACAGGAAGGAGGCAAAGAAACUGACACGGAAUACUUUGCAGUGUUGAUGACGACACUAGAAGUGGCCGAGACUAGCGAAGAUUCACUUGGUGCUACCCUUGCACUUUUGGGUAUGGUCAUCAAACGAGUUCCCGCCAGUGUUCUCAAAGUCAAGUUCUCAACGUCAGCCAAAUGUCUACUCGACUUGCUGGGCCGAUACAUUGAAAGUGACAACAGCCUUCUGAUUCGGUCGCUGGUCGGCUGUCUUGGUGUUCUACUUCGAAACCAGGAUGUUUCAGCCUGGUCCUCUUCCUCCACCUUGCAGAUUUACGACGCAUUACUGACAUUUGUGUCCAGCCCCAAGCCACAGGUUCGCAAAGCUGCACAACACGCCAUUUGCUCUAUCCUGAAAGGCAGCACCUUUUUGACUCAAGAUAAAGACGCUCCCAUAUUGCACCCUGUUGCAUCUCGGACGGGCAAAUUCUGUUUGACAUUUAUUGAAGAGCACGGAUUUGGUAGCGAACCAUCGCCUCUACUCCAUCUGUUGAACCUCUUGAAAGAAAUUGUUGCCGUCUUGCCCCAAAGCGAAGUCAAACCUUUGUGCGAAUCGUUGCUGAAGCUCAUGACGCUCAACAACGUUCUCAUCUCCUCUUGCGCCAUGCAAUGUUUCCAUAGCAUGUUCAUUUGCCGACCCAGGGCCAUCACGUUGUCUGCCGAUCUGAACGCUCGUCUCAUCACUGCCCUCUACGACUACCAACCCUCGGCCAACGACACGCAACCCCUGCGCGGAUGGCUGAGUGUCAUGACCCAAGCACUUCUCAAUCUCGGCCGACUGGACUCGCUCCUUUGCGUCGGCCAUCUCCCAAGAUUCUUCAGCGUGGCCACUGUUCUCUGGUCCAGCGACAGGAUGGAAGUGGUUUUAUCUGUCACUCCAUCGCUGGCCUCGCUCAUCAGCCAGGGUCUGGAACCGGCAUUCAAUCAGACGGAGAAUAUGGCCGCCGUCACAUCGGCCGCCGAGAAAAUCACUAAAAGCGUUGAGCAAAGUUUGAAUUAUCAAACGGUCAAAGCCUGGAAGUACGUCAUCCACUUGUGCACAACCUUGAUCGAAGGAGUAGGCAAAAGCCGUCCGGAAAUUUUGAAAAGUUUGAUCAAAUCGCUGGCCAGUCUGCGCGUUUCGCCACGUUUCCCGCACGAAGCUGAAGUGGAUUUCGCUAUCGGCAAAGCGGUUCGUGUUUGCGGCCCUCGAUUCCUUUUGAAAUGCAUCCCGCUGGGCAUCACUGGCAAAGAAAAGAAUUCCUACGAAUUCCCAUACAGUUGGCUCCUACCCAUUUUGCGUGAAAAUAUUCAGAACACGGAACUCGGAUUCUUCAUCGAAUACUUUUUGCCGCUGUCCCAGACGUGUCGUGCACGAGUCCCUCAAUGUAAAGAAGAUCAGGAUCGGGUUGGCUUUCGGAUAUUUGACCUCCUCCAGCGUCAAAUGUGGGCCCUUUUGCCGGGAUUUUGCAAGUGCCCGACGGAUGUUGAAGUUUCCUUCAAACAGAUCGCCAAAUUGCUGGGCCAAGCCCUGGCUGAUCGACCAGACAUUCGAAUGGACGUGAUGGCCGCUCUUCGUCAGCUGAUUAUUCAUUCAAAGACGGACGACAAGAUUCGGGUCGAGGUGGCCCGUUAUGCCAAGAAUUAUAUUCCUUUGCUCUUCAACCUGUUUACCACCAAAUCGACCACCGACGAGGAAGAGUCUCAACGCGAAUCCGUGUUCCAGACGACGACCUAUUACCUGCAAGUGGCCGAUACAGAACUGCUCCACUCGCUCUUUGAUAAAGCCAAGGAGAAAUUGACGACAGCAUCGGCCAGUUUGAAAUCGGAGGACAAGGCUGUAGCGGAAGAGAACCAAUUCAUCUGGGAGUCUGUUUUGGCCUUGUUGCGAGCCUUGGUGGUUUACCAGGACCCGGACCGUGUCGAGAGUUUUGUCCAGCUCGUUCUACCGUGGAUCAUGGGCAGCGAGUCGAAACCCCAGAAGAAAGCCUAUCGCAUUGUGGAGGAAAUCGUCGGUGCCGAUGAGGCCAGUCCGUGUGGCCGUCACGUCCGCGCCAGUUUGAGCCGCAUUGUCAAAUUAUUUACAAGCUCGAGAGAUAUCGUCAAAGCACCGAGUCGGGCCUCGAGGUUGCGCACUUUGUCUCGCUUGGUCGCUUUAUUGGCCGAGCAGCCGUCAACUGCACCCAACCGUCGCUUCCUGGUCGCUUCUGCUUCAGAGGCGGCAUUAGCUGUCAAAGGAGUCGGCGAAAAGGUCAAAGCCGCCGCUUUUGCGCUCCUUGUCGAUGUCGGACGCAUUUUCCAAAAGUGGUCCUCUGAUCCGCAAGUGGCACUCAGAGACUACGUCACUAAACUAAUGAAGGGAAUGUCCAGCGAUGACGAGGCUCACAUCGCCACGGCAGUCACAUCCGUCACCUACGUGGUCCACGAAUUCGCUUCCAAUUGUACAGAGGAGCUCAUCGACACUGUCCUGGAGAGCAUUUGCACUCUGUUGGUGACUGGAAAUCGAGAUGUCGUCCUGGCCUGUCUCGUUUUCAUCCGCAUGUUCACCGUCACCGUCCACUCUCAGCGACUGCCUCUCUACUUGAAGCGGCUCAUCACCGGCCUCAGCUCGAUGGACGAGGAACUCAAACGGACUUACCUCAUCAAGACGCGCGAUAUUUUUAUCCGUCUGAUCCGCAAAUGUGGAGCCGAUUUGGUCAUGAAACUCGUCCCCGAGGACGACACUGUCCUCCUCAAGCGGUUGAAUAACAUCCGCAAAAUCGAAGCGCGGAAGAAGAAGCAAAAGGAAGAGCGCAAAGCGGCCGGAAAUGAGGAGGAGGAAGACGAUGAAGACGAGACGGAAAUGGCGACGCAACCCAAAACGAUGGAACACGUUUUGGCCGACAGUGACAGCGAACUGGAGAAUGAAGAGGAAGAUAAGGACGUGCGGAAGAAGACGCCCAAGACGUGGAUUCAAGAGGACGAAGGAUCCAUUGUCGACUUUUUGGAUCCAGCUGCAGCCAAAAAGGUGUCAUCGACCAAUCCUGCGCGCGCUAUGCUGGCGCAAUUGACGGCCGAGAAGAAGAAGAAGAAGGAGAGCAUCUUCAAAACAGCCCCCGACGGUCGAAUGAUUAUCGAUGAUGGUGGCGACUCAUCCGACUCCUCUCAGGAAUCUGACGUCGACUUGAGCAAAGCGCUGGACAAGAUGGAGGUGGACCGCAAACGUAAAAUUGACGACCACGAAUCCAUGGUCGACGAAGAAGACGAACCUUCUUUCAAGUACCAAGCGGGUGGAUCGGGUAUCCAUCGACCGGUUGCGGUGGCCGUCAAGCCAUCAUCAGCCAAGCGGACCGUCCACAAAUUGACGACCAAGCAGAGAGCCCAGCAGAGUCAAGAGAAGGUGAAACCGGCCGAUUACGGAGUCGAAUACCGUAGCGAAAAGGCACGUGGUGAUGUGAAGCGCAAGGGCCAGCCUGAUCCGUUCGCUUACGUUCCGCUGAGCCGGAAUGCUCUCAAUAAAAGGAAAAAGGCGAAGAUGAGUGGUCAGUUUAAGGGACUGGUGAAGGCGGCGCGCAAAGGAGCCUCGGUAGGUAGCAAGAUCCGGGGUAAAGCCAACAAGGCCAAUCAAUAAUUGCGUUGUUUCCCGCCCCCCGAUGAUGAAAUGGUAAAUAUAUCAAAUCAAAUUUCUCCAAUUCAAA